UGGUCAUGUGAUACGAGCUGCCUUUUCCUCCGUCGUCCUGCUGCUUGUUCUGACAGCUGGGCAGCUCUGAAGUUUCUCAAGUCAAAAGUUUGUACUUCUGAUAUAUUCGUGGUUUAAAAUAAAGUACUACGAUGGCGGAGCUGCGUUUUGUGAUUGCCAUGUCAGUGAUGACCCUGUUUUGGGGUAUUGUUGGAGGAGUUGUGCCCUGGUUCAUCCCCAAAGGACCAAACAGAGGAGUGAUAGUCACAAUGCUGGUGUUAACUUCAGUUUGCUGCUACCUGUUCUGGCUGAUAGCAAUUCUUGCCCAGCUGAACCCACUUAUUGGGCCUUCUUUGUCCACUGACACCAUUUGGUAUCUGAGCUUCCACUGGCCUUAAUUUACCCUCCCAGGACUCCUGAUCAUUGCAGCAGAACAGGACCUGACACUACUGCAUACCAAUGGAUGUGUACUGCUCACUCCCAUCAGUGAGCAGAGAUUCCAUCUGAAUCGCCUUAAACUCAGACCCUUGUGUGAUUAUUGAGUGAUGCCCACACUGGUGCCUUGUACAGAAUGAUUCCCAAAGGAGCACUGAGAGAUCUCGCUGAAUGUGCUUUUGUUAAAUUAAAGCAACCUUCACUUGAUGUUGUUGGGUUUUUACAUUAUGUAUAUUGAGUUUAUUGCUGUUGUUAAUAUGAAUGAACUUGCCUUUCAGUAAAUGAUGUGCUGUGUGUUUAAUGUCUUUUUGUCUGGUUGUAUUAGUGAUACAAUACAAUAUUUGUUAAGUAAUAAAUUAAUAAUCAACCCGA